GAGAGAAGCCUUACUAGUAUUACGGAGGUUUCAGGUUCUUUUGGAUUGAGGCACCAUGGGUAUCUCUCGUGACCAUUGGCAUAAGAGACGAGCGACCGGUGGUAAAAGGAAACCUAUUCGUAAAAAGAGGAAGUUUGAGUUAGGACGUCCAGCUGCAAAUACAAAACUUGGAACUCAACGUAUUCAUACGGUGCGUACAAGAGGUGGCAAUAAGAAAUAUAGAGCUCUUCGUCUGGAUACAGGAAAUUUUUCAUGGGGUUCUGAAUGCACAACAAGGAAAACACGUAUUAUCGAUGUAGUUUAUAAUGCAUCAAACAAUGAAUUGGUGAGAACUAAAACACUGGUAAAGAAUGCAGUUGUCACAAUUGAUGCAACACCUUUCAGACAAUGGUAUGAAAGCCAUUAUGUUUUACCACUGGGUCGUAAACGAGGUGCUAAAUUGACUGAAGCUGAGGAAGAAGUUUUAAACAAAAAACGUUCGAAGAAAGUAGAAGCUAAGUACAAAGCAAGACAACGAUUCGCAAAAGUCGAACCUGCUUUAGAAGAACAGUUUGCAACAGGACGUGUUCUUGCUUGUAUAGCAAGUAGGCCUGGACAGUGCGGUCGAGCGGACGGUUAUAUACUUGAAGGAAAGGAACUUGAAUUUUAUAUGAGAAAGAUUAAGAACAAGAAAGCUAAAUAAACAUGUAGCUACAACAAGGAAAUAAAGCAAUCUGUACGAAAAAAGAAACUGACUACA